ACUCUUCGUGCUCUCCGUCUCUCACAUCUUAUUCAUCUCUCUCUCAAUCUCUCGCCUCUCAGAUCUCUCCUCCCCUCAAUGGCUUCCGCCUCAGGAGUUUCCAUGUCCUUGAGCUCCAUCACUUGCUCCUUCAAGAAAAACCAGGUUCCCAUCUCCAGUCUCAAAUCAGUUUCUAUGCCAAUCAAAGGGAAAAGCUUCCAAUCUCUAAGGCUGCGGACAGGGCCCUCCCGCCUUCGUGUUUCCUGUGCAGCCAAACCGGAGACAGUGAAUAAGGUGUGCGACAUUGUGAGGAAACAGCUUGCACUGCCAGCUGACUCUGAGGUCACUGGAGAGUCAAAGUUUGCAACACUUGGAGCUGAUUCUCUGGAUACUGUUGAGAUUGUGAUGGGCCUUGAAGAGGAAUUUGGGAUCAGUGUUGAAGAAGAAAGUGCCCAGGGUAUUGCCACUGUCCAAGAUGCUGCAGAUCUCAUCGAACAGCUCAUCUCAAAUAAGUGAGAUAAAAUAUGGCGGCAAAACGCCCUACAGUGUCUCAUUUGUAGGUUCCUUGUUUGGCCCAAAAUCUUUUGAAUUUUUUUUUUCCUACUCCCCUGUUGCUCACAGGGCACCUAGCCCCCUUGUGAUGUUUGUCUGUUAGUUUAUUUCUGUUUUUCUUUGUUUCUUCUAUAUUGACUCAUGUGUCACUUUUGUUGGUUAGGCUUGUCAUCAAAGUUAAUCUAGUUUAAGUUAUGUU